UUAAGCAAUGGAAUAGAUGUAGUUGAUCAGAUUGCUGUACCCGAAAUGUGUUUCUACUGUUUUGAAGUCCUGGACGCUGCUCUGGGAAAUCGUCAUAAAAUAAAUCAACCAAAUUUCACUGAUAAUCAAUAUCCAUUGUUUGUGACAUGGAUAUUCAGUGAAAAUAAGGAACUCAGAGGAUGUACUGGUACAUUUUCUGAAAAGAAGCUGCAUUCUGGCCUACGAGAGUUUGCAAUUACAAGUGCGUUCCGAGAUCCUCGGUUUCCGCCAAUCACACGUGAAGAAUUGCCAAGACUGGCCGUGUACGUAUGGAUACUUAUCGACUUCGAAGUGGCCCGCGGUUAUUUAGACUGGACGCUAGGUGUUCACGGAAUUCGAAUUGAUUUCCUCGACGAACAAGGCUAUGAACGAACAGCAACAUUUCUACCGGAAAUUCCAAUCGAACAAAGUUGGGAUCAAUUGCAAACGAUAGACUCUUUACUUCGAAAAGGUGGCUUCCGUGAACAAAUAACAAAAGAGACACGACAAUCUAUUAAGUUAACACGUUACCGUUCGCAGAAAAUCGAAAUGAGCUACGGCGAAUAUCGGUUGAAGUUGUUUAGUAGUCAAGUACGCGAGAAACAAUAAGUAAACGGAGACUUUGCAGCAUCGCUAACGAUUUUCCUUCCCAUAUUGUUUUUGUUAUUGAAUUUGGUUGUAAUUUGAAUUGAAUUAGUCAAAUUCACUAUUUUUGCAUGUCCACCUCUGGUGCUCUGGAAGUUCCGUGUUUUACAUUUUUUUAGCGCCGUACCUCUGGUUGCAUUCAGGUUCGUCCACAGAAUCUUUUAUGGAAGAAACUUCUUGUUAAAAAUUGGU